GUCCUCUGCUGGCCAAAGACGCGUUCACUGAGUUCCGCUCAGUCUGGCCAAUCGCGUCGCGCUGUGGUUCAGGAGCUCCAUUGCAGUGUGGUGGGCUCAUACGGAGGUGCUGGUUACAGAGAGGCAGCAGUUGGAGGAAACGUAAUCGACCUGUGUGACCGCUCUGGACAAACACCACCCUGCUUCCCCUCACACAGUCACCGGCUCACAUUGUCAUCACCAACUCUAGUACGGGUGAUCCCUAAGUGAGUGACAAAUGUGUGACACAGCAGAGAACCAUUUGCCUCACCCAGUGGAGAUCUGAGUUGUGGCACACUGAGGCAGCCGGUGGGGGUCUUUGAGGAAGAUGCUAGGUUCAGAGCGGGGCGUCGUAGAAGAAUGGCUCUCAGAAUUCAAGUCCUUACCAGAAACCCACAUCCCCAGCUACGCCGGCAGCCUCCAUCUUAAGAAGUCCCUGGUGCCAGCGCUCUACCGAGUCAUCCAGGACCCCAACAAUGAGCUGCUGGAGCCUGUGUGCCACCAGCUGUUUGAGUUGUACCGGAGCUCUGAAAACCGCCUGCGACGCUUCACCCUGCAGUUCCUGCCUGAGCUGGUGUGGGUUUAUCUGAGGAUCACAGCCAGCAGAGAUCGUCAGAGCAAUGGCUGCAUAGAGGCCCUCCUCUUGGGCAUCUAUAACCUGGAAAUUGUGGACAAAGACGGCAAUGGCAAACUCCUGUCUUUCACAAUUCCAUCUCUGUCCAAACCAUCCAUAUAUCAUGAGAAUCUGUGUUACUGUCCUUGCUUCUGCAGGUUUGAAGUGCUGUGUUUCCUCAUGCUCUGCUACAACUCCGCUGUGGUGUUCAUGCCCCUUUCUUCCUACCAGUCAGUCUGCAGAAUGAGCUCACGGUUGUGUGUCUGUGGCUUUCCUCGGCAGCAGCAGAAACUGUGGAGGGAACCAUGCAACCGUGUGCUGCUGGAUCCUGAGUUUAUGGUCCAGAUGUUGACUGCUGUGUAUCAUGCCAUAUACAAUGGAGAGUGGGAGAUGGGGCGGGAAGCGCUGGAGGACAUUCUGUACAGAGCUCAGCUAGAGCUUUACUCCCAGCCUCUCCUGCUGGGCAACGCCAUGAAGAACUCGCUGCCGGACAGUGCUCCCUCUGAGCCGCAGGGUCGCAAGGUGCUUCAGGUAGAGGUGACGCCCACCGUUAGCCGCAUCUCCAUCUCAGCCAUUACCACCGCUUCAAUACGGCGCCACCGCUGGAGGAGAGAGGAUUGUGUUGACUACUCAACCGAUGCAGAGUUGAGCCUCAUCGUCAAUCCUCCUAGCCUCACCCAGCAGAAGCACCACCACACUUCUUGGGACGCGUCAUCCAAAGAAGAAAGAGGAGGGCGGGCUCACAGCCACCACAGCAGCAGCAGCAGCAGCAUCAUUCCCCCCGUCACACUUGAGGAUGCUGACGGCAUGAGUGGCGGCGAGGACUCCUUCAACAUCAAUGACCCGGAUGAGGGUUUCUCCUCCGGGGCGUCCAACAGCAGCCAGCCCAGCGGCAUCAAGGCGAGCGGCAACGUGGGGCCGCGGCACGACAGCCUGAACAGCAGCAGCAGCAGCAUCAAGAAAGCCAUCACAGCACGGCUGACGCGGGACAAGGAGAGGGAGCGAGAGAGGGAGCGAGAGAGGGAGCGAGAGAGGGAACGAGAGAAGGAACGAGAGAGGGAACGAGAGAAGGAACGAGAGAGGGAACGGGAGAGGGAGCGAGCGGCAGAAAAACAGGCAGAAUUGUCUGCAGAUCAGCAGGCUGCUGUGAGGAGGCAUCACCAGAGGCAGCAGUCGCCUCGGGCCAGCAUUACCCUGGAUGCCAUCCAGCUGAGCCCCAUACGGAAGCACCUGAGCUUCCCCGUGGGGCCCACGCUGGUGCGGACUGGCAGCACCUCCUCCAGCAAGUCCUUUGAUUUCAUGAAUCUGAACCUGAAUGGAGACAAGAACGAGCAGGGCGAGGCGCUGGGAGGCUCCAAAAAGGAAGCCGGGCUCCCCACCGGCGGCUCCCACCGCCACUCCACCAUUAGCUUACAAGAGGAGCACCUCAUCAGGCCGGAGGACGCACAGGACCUCCUGUCUCCUGGAGCUCCUCUCACCAAGCAAUCCCGCUCCCCCAGCUUCAACAUGCAGAUCAUAUCACAGGUCUAACAGGGGAUGUGGGGCAUGAGACACACAGACACACACACAAAACAAACACUGUACUUACUCAUAACACACCACCUCUUGCAGUUUUUCCUCUGUGACUCUUUUCAGCCUGACUACCACUACUACACAACUACCUACUGUACGUGUGUGUGUGCGUGCGCGUGUGUUUUAAGGAAUACGCUCAUUUAACAUCCAUCAAAGGUAUAAUUGUGGCCUGCAGUUACGGAGAAUGCAACAGGAGUAAAGUAGUAAAUAAAUCAUAACUGUACACUGGUGUAAUGACAGUGGAGUGUAAAUGAGUCGCAGCAUCCUCCCCGUCUGUCCUCACAGGAACUCUCCUCCCCUCCUUUGUUUGGUAAAAAGGACGCCACGCUAGCUGUAGGAUGUUAUGACAUCUCAGAUUCCUUGAGCUCCUGACUGAAUGAGUUGUCAUGAAUCAGCAAUAACACUCACCUUUUUUGCUCAUGUGGAGAAGAGCUGGAAAUUACGGCUCUCUCCCUCUCUCUUCAUUCCUUCCCCAUCAUUCCCGGGCUCACGUGCAAUCGUUCUUGCGGAUUAUCUUCCUCUAGUUCACUGCUGAUUUUAAGUACGCAGAAAUGGUUUUAUGAAAAAAUAGAGAAAAGAAAAUAUGAUUUAAAUGUCUGUUAAUCACAAUCCAAAGAAGGUCGAUUGUUUUGUUCCUUAUCACGUCGCUGAAAUCAGAUGUUUGUCUCAGACCGUGUGACUCUGAUUUAAGAUUGUUGUCGAACCAAACUGGAAUGUGCUUAGAGUUCGUCUUACAUUUUAACUGGACACAUCUGAAGUAAUCACUACUGUGCAGCUAUACAAAGAGGAAAGAAUUUGUCUUUUUUUACUUGAUUUAAAAUCUGAAGCUGAUGAACUGGAGUGGAACAGUGCGGGUUUCUGUUAAAAGCUAAAAGGCAAUGACUGUAUUUUGUACUGGACUGUUGUUCUGGUUGAAACCAUCUAAUGGGCGUUGGUGUUUGUCAGUCUGUGCUAAGGUCUCAGUCAACUCUGAUCUGUUAAACUACUGCCCCCACUGGAGGCUUGUAGAGCUGCAACUAACGAUUAUUUUCAUAAUCGAUUAAUCUGUCGAUUAUUUUCUCGAUUAAUCGUUUGGUCCAUAAAUUAUCAGAAAACCUUAAAAAAUGUUGAUCGGUGUUCGUCAUACCUGGAAAUGAUGAUGUUCUCAAAUGUCUUGUUUUGUCCACAAACCAAAAAUGAUUAACUUUUAAUGAUUUCUUUGUUAUCCAGAGCAAAGAAAUUAAGAAAAUAUUCACAUUUCAGAAGCUUAACCAAACGGAAAUCUUGUUUGAAUCAUGAAAAAAAAGCUUCAAACCGAUAAAUCGAUUAUCAAAACAGUUGUCGAUUAAUUUAGUAAUCG